AUGUGUCGACGAAGCACCGUUCUAUAUUUAAACCCGGCUAACCACCGGGGGAUGAGAGGGGAGGGAGAGGAGAGAAGGGUCUGUGGGAAGAGGAGGAGAGAAUGGGCGUGAUGAACGAGAAGAGGCAACAGGUGUCGACAAGGGUUCGCCGUGUGUUCAAACCCGGAUAAGUGGCACUGGGAAGAACAGAGGAGACGGAGAGCCUCUGACACCUAUCAUGACCCUCACUGCCAGAUUUCGCCUCCCGCCGGUCAACGUAUGGAGAAUGUCUACAGACGUUUCGCCUAUUUUGAGAUUCAGAAAAUGACAGUAGAGGCGGCGCCACCGAGGCUCGGCUUCUCGUCCUAA